AGAUCAUAAAGAUUCACCCGUUUAAACUGCACUUAACUAGAUUACUUCACUUUCAUUUCAUUCAACCAAAUUUCAUCCUUAUCUUUCCUUUUCUGGCUCUGAUUUUCAAACUUCCAAUUUUGAGAAUUUGAUUAAAGAUUUGGGCUUUGAGGAAGAGGAGAAACAAAAAAAAAAAAUUACUAUAAUGGCGGAAAAUUCACUUGAUUUGCCAGAUGAAUGCUGGGAAUUAGUCUUCAAUUUCGUCGAAGACCGCCGUAACUUUGCAUCCUUGUCUUUGGUUUGCAAGCUUUUCUUCUCCAUCACCAAUCAGCUGAUCACGACCCUCGCAGUUCCUCAUCCGACGGUCGUCGUUCUCCCUCGACUGCUUCGAAGAUUCACUAGGCUCACAACAGUAGACUUCAGCGAGUUCCACGGUGAUGUCGAUGACCAUCUUUCUCAAAUUUCGGAAUCUGGGUUGGACCUCGAAUCACUCAAUAUCUCCAAUCGGACAACUCUUCCAAUUCAAGGUUUGAGAGUUUUGGGAUCCAAAAUGAAGAAAUUGAGGUGUUUGAAUUGCUCCAAAAUCUAUUCUUUGCAGGACAGCGAUCUGGGUUUGAUUGCAAAUGCGAUCCCAACACUUGAGGAGCUAGAUAUUAGCUAUCUUAUGGAUGAGUAUAGCUCUUCCGCAAAUGGGCAAUGGGAUGUGAGCAGUUUUACAAAACCCAUAAGCGAUUCUGGGAUCUUGACGUUGUCAUUGAAGCUCAAAGGCCUGAGGAAGCUCAAUCUUUCUGGUAAUCACUUCAUUACUGAUAGGUCUCUUGUCCAUCUUUCUACCAAUUGUGUCCAAUUGCGUGAGAUAAUAAUUCACUUUUGUGAUUUCAUUACACCAUAUGGCAUUGCUUUGAUGAUCCGCGGCUGUGCUUAUUUGAGUUCACUAUCAGUAUUUGGAACUAGGCUUUGUGUUGUGGAUUCAGCAUUCACUGAUUCAUUGGUUUCUGCAAAGGCUUUAUGUUCUGUUGAUUUGACUGGUUUUGUUAUCUUGGAUGAAAUGCUUUACUCAAUGGCAGAAGCACAUAUGCCAUUAAAGAAGCUCAUUCUCUCUUGUUGCUCCGGUUUUACAUUACAUGGUAUCAAACAUCUGUUAUCUAAGCACCAAUUUCUUCAGUACUUGGAUGUGAAGGAAGCGAAUUUCCUCACUGACGAGUCCAUGUUUCAGUUAACAAAGUUUCUCCGAAAUUUAACUUACAUAAACCUUUGUAUGUGCACUGAGUUGACAGAUUCAACCUUCUUCAGGCUCAUUGAAAAUUGUCCAGUUUUGAAUGAAAUCAAUAUGGUUAGUACAAAGGUAGGAGCUAAAAAACUUAGUACCAGCCAUGUUUCCAACACUCUCAAGUCUUUGUACUUGGGUCAAAAUUUCUCUUUACGCAAUGAAAGCAUAAAAGAGUUCGCAUCUGCCAUCCGCAAUUUGCAACUUCUCGAUUUAAGCAGUUGCUUGAGCAUUACAGAGGAAGGCAUUUUAGAAGUUUCAAAGAGAUGCACUGAGCUUAGGUACUUGGACAUGAGUUAUUGUAGAGGAGUCAAGACUUUUCUUAUGGACUUUGAACUUUCUAAAUUGGAGGUAUUGUGUGCAAGAGGAUUGAGAAUCAAUGAUGAUGGAUUGGCUUUGGUUGGAAGUAAAUGUCGUCAACUGCUGCAAUUGGACUUGACUGGCUGCUUCAACGUGACUGAUAAAGGAGUGAAGGAAGUGGUGAAGAACUGCCGAGCAUUGAGGGAGAUAAAUCUUAAGCAGUGUUAUAAAGUUAACAUAGAUGUUGUGCCCUGGAUGGUGUUCUCAAGGCCAGGACUUAGAAGAAUAGUGCCACCUUGUGGCUUCAUUCCUAGUGAAAGGCAGAGGAAUCUGUACUUACGCCAUGGAUGUUUUGUUUGUGAAGGCUAGCUAAUGUAGGAAUUCAAAUGUUUAUCAAACUUUCUCUUUUGUGAACUAUUCUCUAAGAACAAGGUAUAUUCAUUUGAAUUCUCAUUUUAUUUGUAAUUAUCUUGUUGCUGUAAACUGAAUUGGGUGGCUGUAAUUUUUUUUUUCAUUUGAUGGUCAUUGGGAAUUGUAGAGAUCAUUUGGAGGUACUUGAAUGUGAAUCAUAUUUUUAAUUCA